UGGCUCCAGCUGUUUUUUUUUUGGCUCCGAGUCGUCACGGUGCUUUCGUCCAGAAGGGUGACGAAUCGCGGGCAACGCGGGCAACGCGGGCGCCAUGUCCUAUGACCUUCGGAGGAUAUGCAAUCACACCAUGAGCAGCGGCCGCAAUGCCACCGUCUUGAUGGAUCCCGACUAUGUAUUGGGCAAGAGCUUCUCCACCGCCAAGCCCAAUGUAGGCAUCUUUGCAGCGAAUGGCUACAAAUGCUAUCCACCCAACUACCGAAAUCGCCCGCGCCCUGCUGAUGUGAAGCGCCUGAGCAUGCCAGUGAGCCGGCCACCUCCGGUUCCAGCAGGGGUGUCGUCCAUGCCUACCCUGCAGAAGGGAAGGUGCGCCUCGACACCCCAGCUCUUUCCGCCGGGAAGUUCAGGUGAACGUCGGAGCACAGCACCCCAGUCGUUUCAGGCGUGUGACUUGAAAUCCAUGAAGCGCAACAGUUCCGUGACCCGUUUCUGAUGUCAAACUUACAGAGUUUGACGAAGGGUAACGAAAAACCGGAUGACACGUGGCGAAAUUGGAUGAGUCCAUUGAUAUCUCAGGGAACCGGUGGAAAAUGACGAUGACUCCCGUGAGGGAAAACUGAUAGAAUCCUUUGGAUCCUUUCCAGCCACGUGCUGUAGAUCGAUUCUCCCCGGUACAGUACAAAAAGUGAGGGGAGUUCCGGGUAGUUUGAAAUCGCCGCCGCCAAUGACUCGACUGAAUCUGCUCUGGGGAAACCCCAUCGCUAUAAGGCGACUAGUGGGGUGUGGCCCAAGGGCAUGGAGGGAUGCUGCAGGCAAUCCACUCAACUUUUGCAUUGCAUGACCGGUAUGUACAGCCAGAGUGCUGCGGAAUAAGCUGAAAAAAA